AUGUGUGUCCCAGUGGUGGACUGUAUGUGUGUGAUGGCUUAUUCAGAGGGGGAGCUGAGUGACCUGGACUUGGAGACCCUGGCCCCCUACAUCCCCAUGGACGGAGAGGACUUCCAGCUGAUCCCUCUGGGGCCCGAGUCUGAGGGGCCCCCACCGACUCUGCCUCAGCCCUGCUUCAGUGACAUCACCAGCCUCUUCAGACCCCUGACCCCAGACAGCCAGGCCCCGGGCCCCUACAGCCGCCCCCACGACAAGAGCCCCCCCCAGGAGACAGGGCUGUCCCGGUCCAGGGCCUACAUACCCGGACAGACCCUCCCCUCACUGUACCAGCCCUCCCCCUGCACCCCCCUGUCCUCUGGGGGAGGCAGACAGAACCUGCAGUGGCCCCCGGACCCUCUGCUGACGUACCAGCACCAAGGGCCCCCACAGCAGGAGGAGAAGGCCUUCAUGGGGGACAGAGGAGAGGGGAGGGCCUCCUACCAGCAGCACGGGCCCCGAGGACUGUGUGAAAGUCUGGGCGCCUCCUACAGAGACAUGACUGCAGCGAGUUUGGGCAGAAGUAAACGCUCCUACAGUCAGCUGGACAUGGGCCAGGCUUCCAGAAUAAUGUGGAAGAAGAUGAGAGGAGACUUGGCUCCUGCUCUGGACUUGUCUGCGAGGAGCAGCUCUGUCUCAGGUGUCUCCUGGUCCGAUGGGGCAGUGUCUUCAGGGCCAGGCCUGGUCAGCGGGGCCCUCAGUGGGGCCCUCAGAGUGGCCUCCAUACAGCAGCAGCACAGGAAGUGCCAGUAUCCCGGUAGUAGAGCCCUCAUGCACCACAGCCUGCCGCCAACAAACACGGACCGAGGGAGGAGCCUGCGCCUCCUCGACACCUCCUUCGACCGCUCCUCUCUCCCGGAGCUGACUCGUUACGACUGUGAGGUCAACGUCCCGCUGCAGGGAACGCUGCACCUACUGCAAGGAUGGGAGCUGCUGCGGGCGCUGGACCAGGCCUCCACCUAG